GAGCCCUCGCGCGUCUGCUGCUUCGCUGCAGCAGCACACCGCCUGGCGAGGACGGUAAGGAGGGCCGGUCGGACGGCGACGGGAUAUGUAAAGGGGCGGGCUUCUUCUUUGCUGCCGAGGGAGUCGCGCGCCAGAGCGACGCCACCGCCCACUUUGGCGCCCGGCGGCGGUGACCCCCUGAGUGGCAUUGCCAGCCGGCGCCGGCGAUAGCUCUGCCGCCUGCUGCCCGCCCGCAAGCACGGCUCUCCUCCUCCAGUCGUCAUUCACCCGGCCGGGUGACGCUUGCCCAACGGAGGGCGUCGGCGGCAUGGCGUGCUCGGGCCGGCGAGAGGGCUGAGCAGGUGGAGUAAAGUGCUGCGAGGCAGAGCGGCAGCUUGCCGGAGAGACGCUUAAAGGCAGCAGCAACGGUGCCGCCCGGCCUCUUCGGUCACUUUCUCACCUCCAUCGCUCAAGAUGUCCACCUUCGACGCCCUCGAUCCGUACAACGACCACUACCACGAGGGCCCGCGCCGCGUGCCGCUACGCGUCCUGUCGCUCGGCAUGAGCCGCACGGCGACGUCGAGCACGCAGCAGGCGCUCGUGCAGCUGGGCUACUCGCCGAGCUACCACGGCUUCAAGUCGUGGCGUGCACCGCUGCGAGGCGGCCAUGCGAACUCGGACGCAGCGCGCUGGCUGCGGGCGUGCCAGCUCAAGUGGGAGACGCCGCCGUCGGCGAAGCGCACCCUCGAGCUGCACCGCACGCUCGACGAACUGCUCGGCGGCUGCCAGGCCGCCGGCGACAUGCCCGUCGUCAUCUUCUGGCGCGAGCUGUGGGAGAUGCACAAGGACGACCCCGAGUUCAAGAUCAUCCUCAACAUCCGCAACACCGACUCGUGGCACAAGUCGUGGCUCGUCGUCGUCAAGGGCUUCACGCCAACGCUGCGCCUCAAGCUGCUGUACGUUUUCGACGCGCCGAUGCGGGCGAUGCUGCGCCACACACUGCUUGCUGCACGCUACUUCUGGGAGGUCGAAUCGAAGAAGAAGAGCAAGUCUUGGAAGUUCUGGAAGAGCGACUCGACGAGCGACAGCGCCAGCUGGACACGCGACAGCGCCAUUUCGCGGCGCAUCUACGAGCAGCACAACGCCGACAUCAUCGCGACGAUUCCGCCCGAGAGGCUGCUGCUCUGGGGCCCGCAGGACGGCUGGGAGCCGCUGUGCACCUUCCUGGGCCGGCCCGUGCCGCAGGUCAAGAUGCCUCACGUAAACGACGCAGCGGCGACCGAGGCCGUGUGGGAAGACGUGCUGCAGGCUGCCCAGCGGCGUGUGCUGCGCCGCGCCGCACUCUUCUUCGGCGUCAUUGCAGUGCUGGCGGGCUGGUGGUUGCGGGCUUGA